AGGCCCGCUUCCGGCACGUCGCGGGCGGCUGACGUCGCCGGGGCCCGGCGUCGCGUCAGGGCUGGCCGGCGGCGGAGGCGGUGGCGGCGGCGAUGGCAGCGGACCCUGAGCGAGCUUGAGGGCUCGGACCCAGCUCCCUCCCGCGAAACCUUGGGCCGAUCCGGCGCUGCGGCCCCAGCUCGCUCCGCUCCUGCUCCCUCCCCGGCCGCUGCCUGGGCGGAGGCAGAGGGAGAGGCCCGGGCUGGCCGCCCUGCUCGUACCCCAGCUCGGCCCCGGACGGCCCGGCUGCUGUGCAGAGAGGAGGCCGAGUCGUGAAAAGAGAAUACUGAAGAAUAGGAUCUCAAGAUGAGUAAAAAGCCCCCAAAUCGCCCUGGAAUCACUUUUGAGAUUGGUGCUCGUUUGGAGGCACUGGACUACUUACAAAAAUGGUAUCCAUCACGAAUUGAAAAAAUUGACUAUGAGGAGGGCAAGAUGUUGGUCCAUUUUGAGCGCUGGAGUCAUCGUUACGAUGAGUGGAUUUACUGGGAUAGCAAUAGAUUGCGACCCCUUGAGAGACCGGCACUAAGAAAAGAAGGGCUAAAAGAUGAGGAAGAUUUCUUUGAUUUUAAAGCUGGAGAAGAAGUUCUGGCUCGUUGGACAGACUGUCGCUAUUACCCUGCCAAGAUUGAAGCAAUUAACAAAGAAGGAACAUUUACAGUUCAGUUUUAUGAUGGAGUAAUUCGUUGUUUAAAAAGAAUGCACAUUAAAGCCAUGCCCGAGGAUGCUAAGGGGCAGUUUCUGUUCCAGGUGAAAUCCCAGCAUCCACUAAGCUGGUGUUGUCCUAUCGACCCAGCUGGAUCGUGUAACCAGUCUAUGGGAAGUGAGGAUUGGAUAGCUUUAGUCAAAGCAGCUGCUGCAGCUGCAGCCAAGAACAAAACAGGGAGUAAACCUCGAACCAGCGCUAACAGCAAUAAAGAUAAGGAUAAAGAUGAGAGAAAGUGGUUUAAAGUACCUUCAAAGAAGGAAGAAACUUCAACUUGUAUAGCCACACCAGACGUAGAGAAGAAGGAAGAUCUGCCUACAUCUAGUGAAACAUUUGUAGGACUUCAUGUAGAGAACGUUCCAAAGAUGGUCUUUCCACAGCCAGAGAGCACAUUAUCAAACAAGAGGAAAAAUAAUCAAGGCAACUCAUUUCAGGCAAAGAGAGCUCGACUUAACAAGAUUACUGGUUUGUUGGCAUCCAAAGCUGUUGGGGUGGAUGGUGCUGAAAAAAAGGAAGACUGCAAUGAAACAGCUCCAAUGCUGGAGCAGGCGAUUUCACCUAAACCUCAAAGUCAGAAAAAAAAUGAAGCUGACAUUAGCAGUUCUGCCAACACUCAGAAACCUGCACUGUUAUCCUCAACUUUGUCUUCAGGGAAGGCUCGCAGCAAGAAAUGCAAACAUGAAUCUGGAGAUUCUUCUGGGUGUAUAAAACCCCCUAAAUCACCACUUUCCCCAGAAUUAAUACAAGUCGAGGAUUUGACGCUUGUAUCUCAGCUUUCUUCUUCAGUGAUAAAUAAAACUAGUCCUCCACAGCCUGUGAAUCCCCCUAGACCUUUCAAGCAUAGUGAGCGGAGAAGAAGAUCUCAGCGUUUAGCCACCUUACCCAUGCCUGAUGAUUCUGUAGAAAAGGUUUCUUCUCCCUCUCCAGCCACUGAUGGGAAAGUAUUCUCCAUCAGUUCUCAAAAUCAGCAAGAAUCUUCAGUACCAGAGGUGCCUGAUGUUGCACAUUUGCCACUUGAGAAGCUGGGACCCUGUCUCCCUCUUGACUUAAGUCGUGGUUCAGAAGUUACAGCACCAGUAGCCUCAGAUUCCUCUUACCAUAAUGAAUGUCCCAGGGCAGAAAAAGAGGAUACACAGAUGCUUCCAAAUUCUUCUUCCAAAGCUAUAGCUGAUGGAAGAGGAGCUCCAGCAGCAGCAGGAAUAUCGAAAACUGAAAAAAAAGUGAAAUUGGAAGAAAAAAGCUCAACAGCAUUUGGUAAGAGAAAAGAAAAGGAUAAGGAAAGAAGAGAGAAGAGAGACAAAGAUCACUACAAACCAAAACAGAAGAAGAAGAAAAAAAAGAAAAAGAAAUCUAAGCAGCAUGACUAUUCAGACUAUGAAGACAGUUCCCUCGAAUUUUUGGAAAGGUGCUCUUCUCCACUAACUCGAUCUUCUGGGAGUUCUCUGGCUCCACGAAGCAUGUUUACGGAGAAAACUACAACCUAUCAGUACCCAAGGGCAAUUCUGUCCGUUGAUCUUAGUGGUGAAAACUUAUCAGAUGUAGACUUCCUAGAUGAUUCUUCAACGGAGAGUUUGCUUCUGAGUGGGGAUGAAUACAAUCAGGACUUUGAUUCAACCAAUUUUGAGGAAUCUCAGGAUGAGGAUGAUGCUCUUAAUGAAAUUGUGCGAUGUAUUUGUGAGAUGGAUGAGGAGAAUGGCUUCAUGAUCCAGUGUGAAGAGUGCUUGUGCUGGCAACACAGCGUGUGCAUGGGGCUGCUGGAGGAGAGCAUUCCAGAGCAGUACAUCUGCUAUAUCUGCCGGGACCCACCGGGUCAGAGGUGGAGUGCAAAAUACCGCUAUGAUAAGGAGUGGUUGAAUAAUGGGAGAAUGUGCGGGUUAUCAUUUUUCAAAGAAAAUUAUUCUCAUCUCAAUGCCAAAAAAAUAGUUUCUACGCAUCACCUGCUUGCUGAUGUCUAUGGUGUUACAGAAGUGCUACACGGGCUACAGCUAAAGAUUGGAAUACUAAAGAAUAAACGUCAUCCUGACCUUCAUCUCUGGGCUUGUUCUGGGAAGCGAAAAGACCAAGAUCAAAUAAUAGCUGGGGUAGAGAAAAAAGUAGCACAAGAUACAGUUAAUCGAGAAGAAAAGAAAUAUGUACAGAACCAUAAAGAACCACCUCGUUUGCCCCUAAAAAUGGAAGGAACUUAUAUAACAAGUGAGCACAGCUAUCAAAAGCCACAGAGUUUUGGUCAGGACUGUAAAUCUCUCGCAGACCCUGGGAGCUCAGAUGAUGAUGAUGUUAGUAGUUUGGAAGAAGAACAAGAAUUCCACGUGAGAAAUAAAAACCGUUUACAGUACUCAGCAAAACAACACGGAAUGCCUGAAAAGAAGAAUCCAGCUGAAGGGAAUACAGUAUUUGUUUAUAAUGAUAAAAAGGGUACUGAAGACCCAGGAGACUCACAUCUUCAGUGGCAGCUCAAUCUCCUUACACACAUAGAAAAUGUGCAGAAUGAAGUUACCAGCAGGAUGGACCUAAUCGAAAAAGAAGUCGAUGUUCUGGAAAGCUGGCUUGAUUUCACAGGGGAGUUGGAGCCACCAGAUCCUCUUACAAGAUUGCCCCAACUUAAACGCCACAUAAAGCAGCUCCUAAUUGACAUGGGCAAAGUACAGCAGAUAGCAACUCUUUGCUCUGUAUGACAACAGUGAACACUUAAUGAAAGAAUGUGGCUUUCUUCAGUCAAAUCAUUUUUAUUAUCCACAUGACAGCUAAGUGGAUAAUUUAAAAGCUUAGUAAUGUCUGGUCAUUCACUGAUUUGUGAUGUCAAUAGGAUGGCACCUUGGAAAGAAAAAUGAAGAACAACUUUAUCAAGGAAGCUAGUAUUUAAAAACAAAUUCAUGAGCAAGCUGCAAAUGAGAAUGUGUUAUAUGCCAAGGAACAAUGAAGUAGAAUAUAAUGUAUACUAAGGGAUUUCAAGUUGGCAGAAUUUUUGAGUAGUUGCUUACAUGAAGCUCAAGAUACCUGUAGAAAGAAAUAUGGUAUAUUUAUAUAGUUUUUAAUAGAAAGAUCUACAUUUAUAAACCAGCACUUGGCCAAAAACAAAAUUGUAAAGGAAAUUUAAAUUCUGGAGAAUUCUACAGGGUUGCUCCAAGAACUGUCUUCUCAGCAGUUGAUCCAGCUGUACGGAAAUUUAGGGUAUUUAAACUUACAGGAUCAUGAGCUGUUUCUUGGGCGAUGAAUGUUCUUGAUCAGAAAACUGACAGUAGAAGUCUCACUUCUGGGGAAAACAGUUGUGGAAUUCUUACUUCAUUAUGAAUGUAUUUAAAAAACAAACACCAAAUAAUUGGAAUAUAUUGCAGGCAUUAAGCUCAUUAAAAACAAACUGGCUUGCAGAAGGGUCCGAUGUGCCAAGUGAUCAUGAUUCUGCUGGAAAGAGGAUUUUAAAUAUUGUGGGAGUUCUCCCACCCUAAGUCUUAUAUAAUGCCACCAGUCCAUCCAAAAGCUAUGUAUCACCUAUACUAUAUAUAUCAUAUAUAUAGUUGAAUGGCAGUAUUCAGGCUCAACAUACAGUUUGAUCCUGAGUAUGCUUGGUGUUUGCCUUCAGAAAAAAAAAAAUUGUAAAUAACCUCAGCUGGGAUGAGGAGUGACAGAAGUAUCAAAAUAAUUUGUGACUGUGGAUUUUUUUAACUGCUAGUAGUGGAAUACUGGAAAAGCUUCAUUUCUGAAGAUGAAUUUUAUUUUUAAAAAAUACAUGCACACUCAAAACUUUUAGCUUUGAUCACAAAUGGACAAAUUUCUGAAACCAAAAGCAACUAAGUUGCUGUGUUAUGCUCUUGCUGGAUUUUGAGCCUAGGUCCUACUGUCUGCCAGUACUCAUGUGAGUUGUAUGCGCCCCCAGUGCUACAUACGCAGGUAUGCGUAAGUGUGUAUGCUUGUUUUAAACAAACACUCAACGUACAUAUGUACAUAAUCUACACAUAUUUAUAUCACAUAUCUAGUUUUAUUACUAUAGACUAUACGAAUUGGUGGUUAACAUGAAAUGUUACCUUUUAACAGACUGUUUUUAAAAAUUAAAAAUGUAUGUAUAGGUUUUGAAAUUUUUUUAAAAGGGGAUAAAGACUGUUAAGAGGAGGCUAUUUGAUGACAUAUAACACUUGAAUAUUUUAUGCCUCAUUCUGUUUAUCAGUUCUCGCAAUCUGUAUAAAUGCAUUUUAGAACUGAUAGACAGUAAACUUGAAUUUAUCUUUGAUAAGAAUACAUGCCACUGUACAUUCAGAUAUUAUUUAAAUUUGCAAACACAUUGUUCUAUAUGUAAGGGUACUGUAUGUAAAACUCUUUAUUAAAACUAUUCCACAUAUCCUAAAAUUUCAGCUUGCCUUUUUGCGGCCUUAUAUUUUGAUGUAAAGAUUAAAAGAAUGUGCAAAACAGUCAGAAAUUUUUUGCCUUUUGAGAUUCUCCAACUUGACAAAUGUGCCAAAGAUCAACAGACGGAAAAUAUAGUCCUGUGUAUUUACUUGUCAUACUUUAACUUUGUGGAAGAUCUUACUGAUAAAUGAAAAGCUUUAGCAGAGGUGGUUUUGUGGGGUAAUUGCUUAAAUUUGCAUAUCAAAGUAAAAAAGUAGUGCCUGUAUUCCAUGUGUGGAGGAAAUUUACUAAUGUCUGUGUUUUAUGAUUAAUACUAUUAUUUUUCCUUUGCGUUCUGAAAUAAUGGCUCUAAUAUUUUCCCUGUCAUGCCUUCAUUCUAGACAUUGAAUUUAUAUCUUCUUUUUUUCAGAUACGGAGCAAAUAGCAUCCUUAACCUAUGAAUAAUGGUGUUGCCUAGAUUCUUGUCACACACACAGAAGACCCUUUGUACCUAGUAACAUUCAUCCUCUCGAUUCCUGGUGAAUACGGUUAAAUUUGUGCACAUUUGUUCUUGUUUCUAAAAAUGAGAUCAGUUUAUUUGUUAUCCAUCAAAUUGAAAAUUCCAUUAUUAGAUUACUGCAGUUUUUGCUCUGCUUAUAUGUAUAUGAACUGGAAAUCUGAAUUUUUAAAUUUAGAUCUUUAAAUCAAAUUAUUUUUAUGCAUAUUUUCAUUUAAUAUAGAGUAUAUCAAUCGAUUGAAGUCUUUCACGACUAGUAGGCUGAGCCUUUUCUUCUUUAAGAGAGUGAAUUAGUUUCUGAGAAGUCAAUCCAUUGUGAAAAGUUUCAGAUGAGAUUAUUUUCUGUCCUUUUAGUCUUUUUAAGUAUCACUAUAUGUAUUUAAAUAGAAGCAAUAAACUAGAGAGAGUGUUUCUUCAAAUGACAAUGUUUUAUUUGCCACCCAGGCAGAACAGAAUGAGCAUUGGUAGAGAAGGCUCCUUCUUGGUAUGUUACUGAUGUACUUCCUCAUACUUGUUUGUGGUUCUACUGACUUAUUUCCAAACUUAAGAGUAAUGUACUUUGAAAACGACUUGGUUAUUCUUUAAAUUUCAGGUAAAACCCCUUUUCCUAACACUCAUUUCCACUGUCUUACUUCCUCUCAGAUGUUCGUAUUUCACAUGUUCAAAAUGAAGCAUACUAUUUCCCCUCCAAUAAACGAAGUAUCCUGCCAACUUCACUGUCUCCGUUAAUAACGUUACCCUAAGAGUCCAGACUUCAGACACUGAGUCCUCCCUCAUAUCCAUAUCAUUAAAACGGAUAAUGUUGUCUUCUUCUCAAUCCUACUGAAAGUCUAACAUUUUUUAUAAAAUAAUGUCAUGAAGAUAUUACUACUGGCCUCUGAAACUGUAACUUUGCCUUUAUUCUAAUUCAUCAAAAUUGUCACUGCCAGACUGUUCCAUGCAUUGUAUGUUACCUGCAGUAUCUAAUUUGUUCAUAAAAUAAGGUAAAAUGGUCAUUUUCUAGACGAGGCUGAGGGUUAGAGACAUUUAGAAACUUAUCUUGGAUAAGACAUAAGGGGGCGGGUUCAGGAUUCAAAUCCUGUGCUAUUCAAGUUCAUAGUCUCUUUCCAGCAUAUGUGCUUCAACUAUUAUUGUCAUUUCAGUUUUCUGCUCUGGAAUGUCUAGUGACUCCCUCUUUCAAACCAUAUCAGGUCUUUGUAAUCUGGAUCUUUUGCAAUUUACAUAAUCCUCAAAGUUAUUUAAAUGUGACCUCACUGUUCAAUGGACUACACUUGUUUUCCUUUAUUACCUUCAUAUUGUUUUCCUCUUCUGGAAAAUUCUCAACUGUUUGUUGUCCCUCUGUAAACCCAGAGAAUCCUUCAAACUUCAGUUCUCUUCCUAUAAGAAGUAAUCCAUUGCUGAAAGCCUUUCAUGGUAUCCUGCAUUGUAGCAAGCUAUGGAGGAACUACAUCAAUGAUUAAUAAUAUAGUGGAACAGGCAUGAACUUUGCAGUCUCUUGAACUCAAAUUUUCACUCUGGCAAUUUACUAGCAGUGUGAUCUUUUGGAACUUUACUGUCCUUAUCUGUAAAAUGGGAAUAAUGCCCAGCUUAGAGCCUUGUUUUGAGAAUUAAGUAAAGCAAAUAAAGUACCUAGAAGCUGUUA